ACAAAUCGCAAGCAUUUUCUUGGUCGCGUCUCCUUCUCAACCAGGUCGUGCACCAAAACUCCACUUCAAAUUUCCCGGAAAAUCUCCCCUCUCCAACGCUUCCCGUUUGAGGAAACACCGAAGACUCCGGCGACGCUGUGUUACUCAACUACUUCAGCCAGAGUAGUGCAAGAUUUUCUCGCCGAGGUGGAGAAGGAGAAGCAGAGAGAAAGGGAGCAGAGGAGAAGGGCUGGUCUUGAUACCAAGGAUAUUGACGAUGAAGAUAGGGAGGAUUAUAUGGGUGUUGGGCCAUUGAUAGAGAAGCUCGAGAAGGAAAAGUUAAAGGACACUGGGAACUUGAACGCCUAUGAAGAACCUACUGAUUCUGAUAGUGAUGAAGACGAUGAAAGAUUUAGUUCUGAAUCCGUCAAAAAGAGGUUUGAUGAAUUUGAGAGGAAAUUCAAAAGACACGAGGAAUUGUUCAAGAACUUCACUGAGACUGACAACAUCGAUGACGCCUUCAAAUGGAUGAGUAAGAUCGACAAGUUUGAGCAAAAACACUUCCGGCUUCGUCCUGAAUAUCAGGUAAUUGGUGAAUUAAUGAACCGCUUGAAAGUAGCGGAUGGCAAGGGGAAGUUCAUCAUUCUUCAGCAAAAGUUAAAUAGGGCUAUUAGACUAGUGGAGUGGAAGGAAGCUUAUGACCCAAAUAAUCCUGCAAACUAUGGAGUCAUUCAACACAAACGAGUAGGUCCGUCGGUUGAUCUCAUGGAGCUAUCAGGAUUUGAAAAAGAGAAGCAAAUCAUACAAGGGGUUGAUGAUGAUGAUGAGGAAGAGUUUGAUGACAUGAAAGAAAGGGAUGAUAUACUACUGGAGAAGCUUAAUGCUAUAGAUAAGAAACUUGAAGAGAAGCUGGCAGAGCUGGAUCAUACCUUUGGAAAGAAAGGAAAGGUUCUAGAAGAAGAAAUCCGAGAUCUCGCAGAGGAGAGAAAUUCUUUAACUGAGAAGAAACGAAGGCCUCUUUAUCGAAAAGUAUGGUUCGAUGUGAAAUUAAUUGAUGUGAACAGAACCUGUAAAGUUACGAAGGGUGGGCAAGUUGUCAAAUACACUGCUCUCUUGGCUUGUGGGAACUAUCAUGGCAUUGUUGGUUAUGCAAAAGCCAAAGGACCUGCAGUACCAAUUGCUCUACAAAAGGCAUAUGAGAAAUGUUUCCAAAAUCUUCAUUAUGUGGAACGCCACGAGGAGCACACAAUUGCACAUGCAGUACAGACAGAAUACAAGAAAACAAAGGUAUAUCUUUGGCCAGCAUCAACUACCACAGGUAUGAAAGCAGGGAAAACUGUUCAAACUGUUCUGAAUCUGGCUGGUUUUAAAAAUGUCAAAUCUAAGGUUGUUGGCUCAAGGAACCCCCACAACAAUCUGAAGGCCCUCUUCAAAGCUCUGAAUGCAAUCGAGACUCCAAAAGAUAUUCAAGAAAAGUUCGGACGGACUGUUGUCGAGAAGUACUUGCUAUGAUACGAGGUUUUCUUUUUCCCUCCUUCUUUUCCAUACUUUCUCGGGUCGAAUCUGUUCUUUUUGUUGGUUCUAACUCGAAAAGGUAUUGGUAUUGGAAUUUUGGUAUUGUUUCCAUUUUUGUAGCUUUUUUUGGUUUAUCUAUAAAGGAAUUUGUUCUUAGUGGUUGUCCUCCUUUCUGGACUUUUAACUUUAUGGUAUUCUUGGGUUACGUGAAUUUAGAAUUCAAAUAUCACUUAGAUUCCUUCCU